AUGGCUUUCAACAGAAGACGCGAGAGCAUGGUCCGACUCGAGGCACUAGGACACCGCCCGGACUAUUUUGGUGACGUUGCCAGCGUCAGCAACCACUCCGACGCCGAGGGCUCGGCUAUCGACAUCAACGACCGGCGUAAUUGGGAGGUCGACAGCAGCAACGGCAGCACUGUUGCCAUCGUCUACGAUAAGAAGCCGCCUCCGGGGCUGCUUGCUACUCGUGCGUUGAAGCAGCGCCGUGAUCGUGAGAUGGACGUUCCCAGCACCGCAUUCGGUGUUGACGAGACGGUUAGCUCUCACGGUGAGCACGUCGAGCCGAAGAGCGAUCAUCGAGUGAAGAAACUACGUCGCCCUCGCGAUGAGGCUACUUUGGCUCAGCUGGAAGCCGGCAGUCCUGCGCAGCUCAGACCGGCUACAGGCCUCUCCGGGUCCCGGCAUCCUGCGAGCAUGAAGCCGGGAUCCGGACGACCGACCCAGAAUGGGGAUAAGCAGGGCGGCGAGCCAUCCCGACAAACACAGCACCCUGCCAUGCUUCGUCCUGGCCCCGCAGCUCCUCCUCAGGGGCGGAGCGAGUAUGGUGACGACUCGUCCAAGCGGCAGCGUCACCCGUCCGUGAUGCGUCCCGGCUCAGCAGCUGGCGAGCCCUUGGCGAAGCGCACGAGUUACGGCGGAUUCAAGCCUCAGAAGCCCGUCUACCGGGAGCCGUCCCAGCAAUCCAGCUCAGAGCGACCAGUUUCGACACAUACGGCCUACCAGCCCCCAGCGCCGGAGCCGAGCCAGAGCAGGCAGAGCAGCACAAAGCAACAGAACCUCAACCUCUACGGGGCGCCUAUGCGCGACGAUGGCGGCAGCGACGACGACCUGCGCAGCAACUACACCAGCGCGACGUAUUCGUUCACCCCCAACGACUCAAAGCCCCUGGCCAGGAGCGGCGUUCAGUCCUCGCGGAUCAGCCAGCGCAGCAACCGCCAGACACCGCAUUCCGCAGCCGCAUCCCCAUACGGUGUCGGCAUCGAGUUGGUCUCGUCCACCCAAGCAAUGACCCCAGUUCGCGGUCGCGGCCGCGGCAGCAUCCCUUCCAGAGGCUCUUCCACAAGCCAGGCCCCACCCACCCCAGCGAGACGCGAUGCCAGUCCCUCGCGCGGGGCCUGGACCUCAGACCAUCCGCGCCAGAAGCGCGGCUCGUUCGUGGAUCGCGCACAGCAGCAUAUCCAGCGAAGUAUCCGCGAGCAUUUGGUGAAGGCCGGUCUUCGACCGCUGCCGAGCUUCGAGGUGAAGAGCGUGUGCAAGUCGCCCGUCGUGGACUACGCACCCGAGUACUCGUGGCAGAGGCCCGCGCGGGAUAUUCCUGCGGUGACGCCGUAUCGGCCGGCCAGGGGCAUUGAAUGGCCUGGGCAGAGCACCACUAAGACUUACAAGAGCCCCGUGAAGAAGACCAGCGACGAGCUCUUCCUCGGGAGUCCGAGCGAGCCUCGCGCCUCAGGGCUGUUCGAGCCCAAGUGGACGGGCCCGCACCGCCGCCAAGGCGCGCCCGAGCUGAGGGUCGAUACCAACAUCCCGACCUGUGCCGAGCUCGAGACCCCGAUGCAUUCUGCGGGUAUCCCCGCGCAUUCGGACGCUCCCGUGGAGCUUGAGACGGACCUCGAGCCCUUCCCGGCGUUCUCGCAGACCGAAGCCGACGCCGUGGCGGACCUGCCCGAUGAUUUCGGCGGCGUCGGGGUGCAGAGGAACGACUCGCUGCACCUGGGCCCCGGGGCGAUCCGCGAUCCGGCUGGCUACUCGUUCUACGCCCCCGAGUGGUCGCAGCGGCGGGUGCUGGCCGAGGUUGAGCGGAAUGCGAGGGCGCAGCCGGAGCCGCUUGAUGACCGUAGGUGUUUGCCUAGUGGUACGCGCCGCUUGUCGCGGGACGAGAGCGAGCGGGAGGUGCGGUAUUCGCAGCACCAGCAGUACCAGGCUCAGCAGUCGCAAUAUCGCCUCCCGGCUCCUGUCCCGGCUCCCGGUUCUGUGGCCCAGGGUCGUGGACUUAGCCGGAAGAAGGGCACUGGUCAGCUGAGGUGA